AUGGCGCGGCGGCUGCAGGACGAGGUGGCUGCCUUCUUCUUUGAGUACGACACCCCCCGGAUGGUGCUCGUGCGCAACAAGAAGGUGGGCGUCGUCUUCCGGCUGAUCCAGCUGGUGGUUCUGGUCUAUGUCGUUGGGUGGGUGUUUGUCUACGAGAAGGGCUACCAGACCUCCAGCGGCCUCAUCAGCAGCGUGUCUGUGAAACUCAAGGGUCUGGCUGUGACGAAGCUCCCAAGCCUGGACCCCCAGGUCUGGGACGUGGCUGACUACGUCUUCCCAGCGCAGGGAGACAGCUCCUUUGUGGUCAUGACCAAUUUUAUCAUGACCCCCCGGCAGGCUCAAGGCCACUGUGCAGAGAACCCGGAAGGGGGCACGUGCACGAAUAACAGUGGCUGCACCCCGGGAAAAGCAGAAAGGAAGGCCCAAGGCAUCCGCACAGGCAAGUGUGUGGCCUUCAACGACACCGUGCAGACAUGUGAGAUCUUCGGCUGGUGCCCCGUGGAGGUGGACGACAACGUCCCAUGCCCUGCCCUUCUCCGAGAGGCCGAGAACUUCACUCUCUUCAUCAAGAACAGCAUCAGCUUUCCGCGCUUCAAGGUCACCAGGCGCAACCUAGUGGAGGAGGUGAAUGCUGCCUACAUGAAGACCUGCCUCUAUCACAAGACCCUGCACCCGCUGUGCCCGGUCUUCCAGCUCGGCUAUGUGGUCCAAGAGUCAGGCCAGAAUUUUAGCAGCUUGGCCGAGAAGGGCGGGGUGGUGGGCAUCACCAUUGACUGGCACUGUGACCUGGACUGGCACGUGCGACACUGCAAACCUGUCUACGAGUUCCACGGGCUGUAUGAGGAGAAAAACCUGUCUCAAGGCUUCAACUUCAGGUUUGCCAGGCACUUCGUGGAGAAUGGGACCAAAUACAGGCACCUCUUCAAGGUGUUUGGGAUUCGCUUUGACAUCCUCGUGGAUGGCAAGGCCGGGAAGUUUGACAUCAUCCCUACAAUGACCACCAUCGGCUCUGGGAUUGGCAUCUUUGGGGUGGCCACGGUUCUCUGUGACCUGCUGCUGCUCCACAUCCUGCCCAAGAGGCACUACUACAAGCAGAAGAAGUUCAAGUACGCGGAGGACGUGGGGCCAGGGGCGGGAGUGCGCGACCCCGCGGCCACCAGCUCCACCCUGGUUCUGCAGGAGAACAUGAAGACAUCCUGACCUCCGCUCCCGACUCCUACAGGAUGCAGCCAGCGGGGAGCCUGGUGGGG